AUGUCAUCAUCCAUGGAACAAGAAGAUAACACCCCAACGCACUCUAUCAUACCCACAUUCCUCAGAAAACCUUCUGAGCAGGCCAACUCCAGCAUCUCCUCUCACAAGUCUCUGCAUGUUUUCCGCCGCAGCAGGAGGAGAUGUAGGAAGGAACUCACUGUAAAAGAGGCUGCCAAAGAAGGUGAAGAUGAAGAGAAAGAAAAGGAAGAAGAUGAAGAUGAUGAAGGAGAUGACAGAGAAGAGAUAGAGAGGAAGAUUCAUGCAUUGCAGAGGAUUGUGCCUGGUGGUGAGGCAUUAGGGGUGGACAAACUCUUUGAUGAAACUGCUGGCUAUAUUCUGGCCUUGCAGUACCAAGUCAAAGCCUUGAGGGCUCUCACUGGCUUCUUCGAGAAGUUGGAGAAGGAGAAGACAAAGUUUGGAGGUUGA